GUUCCAUGUUCCGUGCGGGUCUGGACCACAGCUUAAGCUGCGCAUCCCCAUUGAUAAACAGCGGUGGCACUGUGUGUCCUGUCAGCCAGCUAAAUUCAAAGCUGCCAGGCCCUCUCAAUCUGAUCCAUCCUGUGAAAAAGUCAAGAUGAACAUCUUCACCAUGAAACCAAAUUCAAAAGUGGUGGUGGACAUUCCAAAAUCCUCAGGGAAAAGAAUUUUUCCAAAGUUGUAGUGAGCAUUCGAGAUAAUCGCAGUAUGCACAAGGACAACUGAAGAAAGUCUGAAACAUAUCUACAAAAUAAAAUAUUUAGCAGAUAAAAAAAACUUUUCAAAGCAUUUUUGAGGGAAUUUUUUUUUCUAAUGGUGUUCAAAAACAUUUCCAACAUAGACACGCAGUUCGAAUACACUUUGAACAGCUUUGAAUUUCACGUGAUUAGUGUCAAGCAUUCCCAUAAAGUUUGGAAGAAAAGUAAAUAUCACGCUCUGUGCCAAAAGAUCCAGAGGGCAUUAAAAAAAGCACCAGUAAGCUUCGAGCACGAGUGAACGUCUUCGACGAAUUGCAAAGAGGCUUUGAUGAUUCCUUACGAAGCGAACACAUGGACUUCCACAGCCACGUUCCAUUGAUGACGUUUCAGUUUCUGCAUCAUGCGUCACGGAUAGAGCCGUCGGUCCGUGGUUCCUUGGUGUUUUGCGAGCAGUGACCGCCUGUGAAAAAUCGCCCUUCUCACCCUCGCCGGAGCAGGCCCGGGCACCGAGCAUCAUUCUCCCUUUGCGUUUAAUGUUCGGCGUGGACGAUGGCGUAACGGACGGCAGGAACGAUGUCAUGGCCAAACGAAAGAAGGGAAGUCAUCAAGAGGGCCCGGGAGGCUUAGAUGAAACGGGACGCAGAGAUGAAAGAACGAGAGCCAAACGCGCUCAGCGCAUCCGCUCGGAGAAGAAGCGGCGGAAGCAGUUCAACGAACUCAUCAGCGAGCUGGGCGCGCUGCUGCCCGAUGGCCAGUCCCGAAUGGACAAGCCCACGGUGCUGCAGAGGACUCUCCACUUCUUUAGCAGCCACCACGAGCUGAACGUGGAGCAGGAGACCAACGAGCCUCCCCCGCCGUGGAAACCAGCUUUUCUCAGCAACGACAACUUCACGCAGCUCAUUCUCGAGGCCAUGGACUGCUUCGUAAUUGUCGUGAUGAGCAGUGGCGAGAUCUCGUUCGUGUCCGAGAGCGUCACGUCACUCCUCGGUUACCUGCCGAGUGAGCUCCUCAGACAGAACCUAUUCGACUUCGUGCCGGAGCACGAACAAGCGGAACUGCGUUGCCUUUUCCAGGCUGACCUGAGCCACGUGCAGGAGGGACCCCCCGAAGCCCCGCAAGCGGGCGCUCCGAGCGAGCGCCACUUCGAGCUCUGCUGCCACCUGCAGCGCGGGGAGGCGCUCGCGCACUUCGCUGCGGGACCGACGCCGCCUCCGUCGGCACCGCCGGCGGCGACGCGUCUCGCCGAGGAGGAGGCGCCGACUUACGAGCGAGUGAAGCUCAGCGGCUUCCUGCGGCUGCACCUGCACGACGAGCAGGCGGAGGUACCGGCGGAGCCUUCCCUGUCCGAGGAGGCAUCGGCAACAGCGGAGCCAGCGACCACCCCGGGGCUGUCAGGGGAGUCGCCGCGUCCACCUCCCUGUCUCGUCGCCUCGGUCCACCUCGUCACGUCGCAGUUCAUCAAGGAGCUGUCCUCGCUGGAGGAAGCUGGUGCCGAGUUCACAUCCAGACACAGCCUGGAGUGGAAGUUCCUCUUCUUGGAUCACAGGGCACCGCCCAUCAUCGGCUACUUGCCCUUCGAGGUCCUGGGAACGUCCGGCUACGACUACUACCACGUGGACGACCUGGAGAGCAUCACGCAGUGCCACAGGGACUUGAAGCAGUCUGGGAAGGGAAAGUCCUGCCACUACCGCUUUCUGACCAAAGGGCAGCAGUGGAUCUGGCUGCAGACCAAGUACUUCAUCUCGUUCCACCAGUGGAACUCCAAGCCAGAGUUUGUGGUCUGCACGCACACCGUACUCAGCAGCUAUUCUGAAGUGUUGGCCAAGAGGAGGAAUGUUCUGGAAUUUGGGGAAUUCUCAAGCGAGCUGCUCUCACCGGGGGCAGCAGAAGUGAACCCUGCGAUGUGCAGCUCUAAAGCCGUGGAGACAUCGGCAAGGGACUCGGGUCAGGGGCACUUAUCGGCGCAGGCCAGGCCCUUACCUGGAACAUCAAAGUCUUCCCUGCAACGAGAGACCAAGUCGACACCCCGGUCCAAGAAGAGAGCUAAGAAAUCUUCCAUCACCGGCGGUCGCAGGGACUCGUCCGCUGAGACUCCAUCCACCAUUCGUGGAUCGCAGUCGCAGCAGGAGACGGCGCAACCGGUGACGGCCCAACAGGUUGCAGCACAGCAGGCGGUACAGGGAUGGACAGCGAAAGAGCAGCCCCCAGGCAUGGACAGCACCAUCUCGUGCGCCAUGGCCUCCCGCUUCCACUGCGGCGGUGAUGCCGGCGCACUCAGGACAGCGGGUGUCGGCCUUGAGCCGUCAUCGCAAGCUCAGAGCAUUGCCGUGAGCCAACCCGCGGGCAUGAGUCUUUCCCUGAACCAGUUAAUGGGCCAACAACCGGCAAGCCAACCGGCGAGCCAGGCGGUCGUUCAGAACGUCGGCCAGCCGAUCGGCCAGACCGUGUGUCAGCAACACAUCGGCCCGCCCUGGCAACAGCAGCUCGUCGUGGGCCCUAACGUCGGCCUGCCGGGCAGGCAGGCUCUAGGCCAGAGCUCGAGCCACACCGUCGACCAGAGGCUCGGCCAGGUGCACUGUAACCCUCUGAGCCAGCCGCCAGCUCAGCACCUGCUCACAAGGCAGCCCCUGGGAGCGUCGCUCGCUGUGAGCCAGACGCCAACGCUGCAGGAGCUGCUUCUCCCCAGCACCGGCGCUUUGACCGCUGCGGGCGGGAGCACAGCGACCCCAUCCUGGAUGCUCGACCUGGCCUCGCUGCAGGCGGCGGAGAGCCUGGACACCUGCGUGGGCACAAGCGACGCGUCGCACGCAUCACACGGGGUGGCACAGCAGCAGAGCGCCAUGCUGAGACUCAAGGAGCAGCUGGAGCAGAGGACGCACGUGCUGCAGACGGUGAUCCUGCAGCAGCAGGAGGAGCUGCGCCACAUCCAGCAGCAGCUUGCCAUGGCUCUGUCGGAGCAGUCGACGUCUCGAGCGCCGCCUGUGGCGGACAGCCCUGCGCUGGGAGCCCGGAGGUCGUCGGCGAUGGUGCUCCCUCACCCCACUACCCCCGACUCUCCGGGAGUCCGUGGCCCAGGCCUGCCCACCGUGCUGGAGUGCAGCACCACCCAGCCGCAGUGGCACAUGCAUGGACAGCCCCAUCAGGUGGUGACCACGUUAAGUGGUACCCCCCUCCUGGUUUCAGCUUCCAUUAUGAUGCCAUCCUUCACAACCUUCAGUCAACAACCAUUGAUGCACCAGCAUCAGCAGCAUCACCUGCAUCAACAGCAGCACCAGCAGCAGCACCAGCAACAGCAUCAGCAGCAACAGCAUCAGCAGCAGCACCAGCAACAGCAGCAGCAGCAACAGCAUCAGCAGCAGCACCAGCAAAUAAUUGACCAACAGUCACAAGCGCAGCAGAGCUGUGCUCAAAACAAGGGACAGCACUUGAGGGUACAGGCCCAACCGAGAGCAGAAGGGCACCUGCAGCCGACACUGCUGAUGCCGACCAUGCUGCAGAUACAACAGCAGCAGCAGCAACACCAGCAGCAACAUCAACAGCAGCAACAGCAGCAUCAACAACAGCAUCAACAACACCAGCAGCAUCAACAGCAGCACCAACAGCACCAUCAUCACCAGCAGCAUCAACAGCAGCAGCAGCAGCAGCAACACAACCACCAGCAGCAGUGCAGGCGAUCAUCCUCAGAGAAACACCAGUCUCCAUCGCCACGACAUCAGCAGCCCCAGCAAGAGCAAACGUUGCACUCUCCAAAUUUGCAGUAUCACCGUUCAAUGAGCGCGGAGCCGCAACAUAGAAGUCAUCAGCAGCAUCAGCAACCACAGCAGCAGCAGCAAUUGCUAUCUCAAGAGAGGCUGUUGUGGCUGGCGAGUGGACAGCAGGAUUCCCAGGGCUAUGUGCACGCCACGUACCACGCGCCCCACGGGGUGGGCGGUGUGGCUGGGAGGCAGCGCGUCCUGCACGCGAGGUCGAGCGGGCGACAGCAGCCACAGCCGCCUGUCGACCGGUUGCAGCGACAGCAUCCCGGGGGGCAAACACAGCAGCAGCAGCAACAGCAGCAGCAGAGCCCCAGGUGACGCCCCUGCACAGAUUGGCUGUCGCUUAGCCGGUGGGCCAGAAAUGUAUAAGCUUGGAGUUGCCCCCAACCACACAAGUAGGAGCUGUGCAGGUCGUUUGGCAGCGGGGGAGGCUUUUGUGACCAAGUCUCGAGGCGUGAGCGCAUUGUGCAAGAAGCAAGGAUCUGUUGAAGGUGGAUUCCCAGAAGUGGGGGUGACCCUGGAUGUUGAAAUCGCAAGGCCUGUUCCAUGUCCUUCCUAAAAACACAGCACUUCUUGCAGAACUGUGCUUCCCAGCUUGUGACCAGCACCGUGCUGACAAAUUUGUGGAGCUUAUUAGAGUGCCUUGCACUGAGCACCCGUCAUCACUUGUUCAGCCACCUGUGAUUUUGAUUUCAUGUUAAUUAUGCUGGCAUCUUACCCAAAGUGCAGUUUUGCAUCAGCCCGAAUGUGCUUAGCUACCAAGAUUUUGACAAGCUUACGCUUCGUGGUGCUACACAUCGUGGUCCUACCAUGCGGUUGGUAAGUACAAUGCACUGUGGGUAAUUGACUCUGCAAUCCCACAAUCCCCUGCAAACCUUAGGGGCAUGAUACUCCAGGGCAUGUUUAGGGCGGUCGUCACCAGCAACACAUUUACAGUGAGCAACUAUGUCAACUUGUCGUGGCAACAGCAAACGGUGGAGUUCCGCCUGGCCAAUGAAAAGAGCGUUUGUUGAAAUGUGUGUUUGAUGGUUUGUGGAGUACACAACAUCAGAUAGACAUGUGACCGCUAUCUGUUAUCUCAUUUGCCCACGAUAUGGAGCGAUGGUCAGAUUUGUCUCGAUUUGGAAAUGUUCUUUUGCAGAGAGAAUGGCGCGGAUAAACCAGUGAUGACAAUGAAAGGCAGCAACAAUCGCCAUACAAUCACCCUAGUGCAUCAUGGCCUUUAUAAAUGUUGUUGAUAGUGUUAAAUUGAUGUGCAUGCAGGUGUAGAUCAGCCACGUACAAUGUCUGCACACCUGGCAUCCUGACGUUGCCAGCAAACAACAGUGAGCCAAAUUAAAAUGGAUUUAUAUCGACUGUGUGUUUGCCAACAGUAAAUGAAGGCUAACAUAAAAUGUUACGUAACUAUUUGCAGUAUACAUAUAUAUUUCUAAAGAACAUCACUCUUUUCAUUUUCAGAACACAGGUGUAGUUAAUCCCUUACCUAUAACUAGCACGGUGUGCGAAUGUAGGGCUACUUUGUAAACAAGACACGAGUGCACUGGACCGGUUUAAUGGGCAACACUAAAAGCCUCCAAUUCACCAUUGUGCAACAAUUUCAAUUGUUACUGAUUCACGUAAAAAAAAUUAUAUUUACUUUUGUAGGUCACGAUAUUAACAUCACAAUGACUAUGGUGAAAGGGUGCUUGCAUAUCUAUCAUGAAUGCGACUUGCUUUGUGUGUUGUUUGUUAACUUCAAUGCCAGUAUUAUUGCCAGGGUAUUUCCGUUCCGUAUGUACAUAUUGUGUUCGUUUACACCCACACUAACAGGAAAUUGUCAGUCUCAAAGCAGAAAAUCUCAGUAUAGAUGGUCGGAUGAGUGGUGGCUGAUGACCGCUCAGUUUGGCAGUCCGUGAGCCUGUGGUGGAAAUUCCAUAUUAUUAUGACGGGGGCGGGGGGGGGGCAGUUCAUCCUUAACACAAUCACAAUUGACUUCCUAAUGAGUGGCGCUCACAAGGAAGAGCGAUGGCUAUUUUGACUGAUUCUGGACCAACAAUUCCUUGCCAUAUAAUCUUCACGAUAACAGAAACAUGAACCAAAUUAAGGAAUGGCAUCGGUUCAUUCCACUUACAUUUAUAGCAGGAAACAGAAGGGCAUUUUGACGUAGAUGAAUAAUUAUAGUGCAAAUUAUACUCGAGUAAUUGACAUUUAGAGAGGCCAGUCAUUUUGUACUGUGAACAUGAUGCGAUUUGCCAGGAAGGCGUGUGACCUUUAAACCCUGAGUAAACCAGGCUGGGGCAGCUAAUGUCUCUUUAAGGAAAAUGUAUUUAUGCAUCGAGCCAUUAUUACACAAGCGAGGCUUGGCUAGUCCGGUAGAGCUUUAAGAAAACAUUCUGAACAUGUGUCUGCGUUUGUAUAUGUAGUUUUGUUCUUUUACAUACAAAAAUGUGUCCAAAUGGAUUCUAUAAACAUAUAUAUAUUAAAAAAACAUUAGAAUGUAAAUGUUUGGUAUGUGCAUAAUCAAAACAUCGUAUACGAUAUCCUU